AUGGAUAUUCAUGAUGGGAAAUUGGUGAAAUUUUGGACAGAUAUUUGGCACCCAAUCGGCCGACUGAUCGAGAUCGUGGGGGACCGUGGGAGGCUGAAACUCGGCAUAACCACUAGCGCUUGUAUUGCGGAUGUCCUUGUAGAGAAUGAGUGGAGGUUCAGACGUACUCGAGAUACGACUGUUCAAAACAUGAUCGUCAAAGUCCAAGAGUUAGGAGUUGUGCUGGAAACAAAUGUACAAGAUGAGGUACUUUGGAAAAGGAAGGACGAUGAGUAUGGAAGGGAAUUCUCUGCUGCAGCGACAUGGGAACAAAUUAGAUGCAAAAGGCCGGUGGUAGUCUGGAGUAAGCUUAUUUGGUUUGCGCAAGGAGUUCCAAGGUAUGCAUUUAUCACUUGGUUGGCAGUUAAAGAUAGACUUUCAACAGGUAGCAAAAUGCCAGCUUGGGGGCAGGUUCAAUGCUGUGUGUUCUGUGGGGAGCCUGAUGAAACUAGAAAUCACUUGUUCUUUGCUUGUCCUUACUCGUACACGCUUUGGCUACAAGUGAUUGGCACACUCUUGCGGCCUCCUCCAUCGCCGGACUGGAAUGAUAUUGUAGCGCGAAUCAUGGCAAGGUCUGUGAGGAGUUUGCAGUCCAUACUCUUGCGGCUAGCAUUUCAGGUCUCUAUCUAUUAUCUAUGGAAAGAACGGAAUGAGAGACGACAUGGACAGCCUGCAAAGCCUGUUGCUCAGUCGGCGAAGUUCAUUGAAAAGACUAUAAGACAAAGGAUCAUGUCUACAAAGUACUAUGAGAAGCAGAAACUCAAAGGACUAAUGCAGUGUUGGUUUAGUGCAAGGCAGCCAUAG